AUGAGUUUCUUUGCACCUCGAUCAGCUACAGCCAAAGUCGUUAAUAACGAAAAAACCGAAUUAUUCAAUAAACGACAACCAUGGGUUGAGAAAUAUCGACCAAAGACCAUGGAUGACAUUGCGUCUCAAGAGCAAGCAGUACUUUUGCCACAUUUACUCUUUUAUGGACCUCCUGGUACGGGUAAAACGUCUUCAAUUUUAGCUUUAGCCAACGAACUGUAUGGACCCGAGUUGAUCAAGUCACGUGUAUUGGAACUGAAUGCUUCCGAUGAACGUGGUAUUCAAAUCGUACGUGAAAAGGUCAAGAAUUUUUCGCGAAAUAUUGUGACAAACAAGGUGGCAGGUUAUCCUUGUCCUCCUUAUAAGAUUGUUAUCUUGGAUGAAGCGGAUUCUAUGACGAAGGAUGCACAAUCUGCAUUACGUCGUACUAUGGAAACCUAUUCAAAGACAACACGUUUCUGUAUCGUAUGUAAUUAUGUCAGUCGUAUCAUUGAGCCCAUUACAUCACGUUGUGCUAAAUUUCGAUUUAAAUCAUUACCUCUUCAAGAUUUAGAGGAUCGUAUCCAGUUGAUUUGUGCCAAGGAAGGUGUGAAUUUAGCUCCAAACACACUCCAGACAUUGAUUGAAUGUUCGGGUGGUGAUCUUCGAAAGGCCAUUACAUUUUUACAGAGUGGAUAUAACCUUCAAGGGAGCGAACCUAUUACACCCAGGAUGAUUGAGGAAAUGGCGGGUGUGAUUCCUCAUGAGAUGAUGCAAGUGUUGAUUGAUUCAUGGUCGGGUAAUAUUCAAACCAUUGAAAAGGAAGUGCAGAAUAUCAUGAACGAAGGUUAUUCAGGCGAGAAUAUCAUUCAACAAAUUCAUAAAGAAAUCAUUCUAGACGAUAACCUAAGUACAUUACAAAAGACAAGGAUUUAUGAAUACAUGUCUGUGGCUGAUAUCGAUCUUGUUCAAGGUGCGGAUGAACAUUUACAGAUUUUGAAUUUAAUGGCUCAUAUUGCCUUUAUUGCUUCAAAUUAA